AACAAUGGCACGAAACUCAUAAAGCCACACCAAAAUCCUCUUUCUUCUCAACCCAUCUUCUUGAAAAAUGAAAGCACUAUUCUUCAUUUUCACUAUUAUUAUUAUCACCAUAGAAGCUGCAGAUGUUCUUCCUGGUUCAACCCUUGUAGCUUCAGAUCCAAACUCAAAAUGGUCCUCUCCAAACAACACCUUCACUCUCUCCUUCUUACAACUGGACCCCACAAACCAAAACACCUAUUUUGCUUCCAUUUCUUACAACAACAUACCCAUUUGGACAGCCGGCGGCACCACCGUCAACGGUGGCGCAGUUGAUUCCUCCGCCGCACUCCGGUUCUUGUCCAACGGUGACCUUGUGCUCACAAAUGGACCUUCAGGUAUUGUUGUGUGGAGCUCAAGAACUGCAAAUCUUGGUGUUUCCUCAGCUUCUCUUGAUGAAAAUGGUAAUCUUGUACUUAAAAAUGGUACCUUUUUAAACAUUUGGUCUACUUUUGAUAACCCAACUGAUACUAUUGUACCUGCUCAGAAUUUCAGUAAAGAUCAUGUUUUGUCAUCUGGGUUGUAUUCUUUUAAGCUUAGGAAUAAUGGGAACUUGUCACUUUUGUGGAAUGACUCUAUAGUAUAUUAUAAUUCUGGGUUGAAUUCUUCCGCUAAUGUGAACUUGACUUCUCCUAGUUUGAGUAUGCAGCCUAUUGGGAUUCUUUCACUUUUUGAUCGUAGCCUUUCAAGUCCUUUAAAUGUUGUUUAUAGUAGUGAUUAUGCUGAUGAAGGGAAUAUUUUGAGGUUCUUGAAGUUGGAUUCUGAUGGGAAUCUUAGGAUUUAUAGUUCAACUCAAGGUAGUGGGACUCAAAAUGUGAGAUGGGCUGCUUUGACUGAUCAGUGUCAGGUCUUUGGAUAUUGUGGGAAUUUUGGGGUUUGUAGUUAUAAUGAGACUGGUCCUGCUUGUGGAUGUCCUUCAAUGAAUUUCGAAUUUAAUGAUCCGAAUGAUAGUCGAAAAGGGUGUAAGAGGAAAGUUGAUCUUAGUAAUUGUCCUUCCAAUUCGACGAUGUUGCAGUUGGAUAAUGCUAAGUUCUUGACUUAUCCUCCGGAAUUGUCUGAGCAGAUUUUUUCUGCUGGUAUUUCUGCAUGUAGGUUUAACUGUCUUGUUAAUGGUGCUUGUGUAGCUUCUACUUCUUUAGCAGAUGGUACAGGGAUGUGUUAUUUUAAACAGCCCAACUUCGUUAGUGGUUAUCAGGCGCCAACCCUCCCGAGCACUUCAUUUGUUAAGAUAUGUGGUCCCGCAUUGCCUAAUCCUUCUGCGGUUUCAGAGACUGUUCAGAAGAAAAAUGGAGGAAGGGUUCCUGGCUGGGUUGUUGCGCUUGUGGUUGUGGCUAGUCUCUUGGGUUUGAUCUUGUUGGAGGGUGGUUUGUGGUGGUGGUGCUUUAGGAACAGUUCGAAAUUUGCAUCACUGUCGUCUCAAUAUGCGCUUCUUGAAUAUGCCUCUGGUGCCCCUGUGCAGUUCACGUACAAGGAGCUUCAGCGGACAACAAAGGGUUUUAAGGAGAAGCUUGGUGCAGGAGGAUUUGGGGCUGUUUAUUGGGCAGUUCUGGCUAAUAAGAUUGUUGCUGCAGUGAAGCAGCUGGAAGGAAUUGAGCAAGGCGAGAAGCAAUUCAGAAUGGAGGUUGCAACUAUAAGUAGCACACACCAUUUG